GAUUUGUUAUGUAGAGUCGCGCAGAGCGUCGUGAGCCAAUAGCCGUCUGAUUGUAAUCUUCAAAAUCAUGCGCACUACCUUGGUGGGCGCGGCGUGUCUUUGUUAGUCGAGGCGGGUUACCUUAUCCCGCAUCGAUGCUUGGGUGGAGAAGUCAGUGCACCGCCUGCAUCUGGCUCACUCGUCAACCCUCUCCUCUCGCUUUACCGCACCACCACCACCACCACCCCUCCUCCUACCCAUUCACCCUGCAGAGCACUGCAGACCCUCGUGCACUACCUUUGUCGUGUGCUGAUCCAUCUCUCGUCUAUCCCUUGCACUCCAUUUGUCUGCUCCUCCCAUUGCCCUCGUUGCCUCGCUCGCUGCAACCUCUGUGCUCCCACCAUUCCGCCGACGGCGAGCAAACCCUUCAUUACCCCAUCCAUUCCAUCCAUCGCUCAUCAUCAACGUUGUCGGACUCCAGGCGACCCACGGUGAGUCCCAAACUGCUCAUUUUUCCCCUUCCUUUCCACCGAUAUUCCCACCCUCGUCGGCUCUGCUCGCCUCUACGGCGUGCUUCCCACCACCCCUUGGACAAGAGCCGGGGAGGUUGCAACGAACGACCACAACAUCCCCUCAUGACUCCACACUACUCGAAAAUGUUGCCUUGCUAACGAAAUCCUCUUCAGACCGGACCUUCGACCUUGCCCUCACCGCUCCACCCUCCCCACCCCCAUGCCUAUGCGCCAACGAGUGAGCCCUUGAGCUCGAAGACUUGACUCGCUCCACAAACGACCCCCAUUACUCGGCAUCGUCCGAAAAGCAAAAAUCAAGAAGAAUCAGAGCACUACACACCGCAUCCAUGGAUGU